AUGGCGGCAGCAGCGGAGGGGCCGGACCUCCGGGCCGCCGGGGGGCGCUGCGCGCCCCCCGCCGGCAGCCGGGCGCGGGUGUACGCGGAGGUGAACAGCCUGAGGAGCCGCGAGUACUGGGACUACGAGUCGCACGUCCCGAGCUGGGGCAAUCAGGACGACUACCAGCUGGUUCGAAAGCUCGGCCGAGGGAAGUACAGCGAGGUCUUUGAGGCAAUCAACAUUACCAACAACGAGAGGGUCGUCGUGAAGAUCCUCAAGCCAGUGAAGAAAAAGAAGAUAAAACGCGAGGUUAAGAUUCUGGAGAAUCUCCGCGGCGGCACCAACAUCAUUAAUCUGAUCGACACUGUCAAGGAUCCGGUGUCAAAGACCCCUGCUCUGGUGUUUGAGUACAUCAAUAACACAGAUUUUAAGCAACUGUACCAGAUCCUGACAGACUUUGAUAUUCGGUUUUAUAUGUAUGAGCUGCUUAAGGCCCUGGAUUACUGUCACAGCAUGGGAAUCAUGCACAGGGAUGUCAAACCCCACAACGUCAUGAUAGACCACCAACAGAAAAAGCUGCGGCUCAUAGACUGGGGUCUGGCCGAGUUCUACCACCCAGCUCAGGAAUACAACGUCCGUGUGGCCUCUAGGUACUUCAAGGGACCAGAGCUCCUUGUGGACUACCAAAUGUAUGACUACAGCUUAGACAUGUGGAGUUUAGGCUGUAUGCUGGCAAGCAUGAUCUUCCGAAAGGAGCCCUUCUUCCACGGCCAGGACAAUUAUGACCAACUGGUUCGCAUCGCAAAGGUCCUGGGCACAGAUGAGCUGUAUGGGUAUCUCAAGAAGUACCACAUAGAACUGGACCCACACUUCAACGACAUCCUGGGCCAGCAUUCCCGGAAGCGCUGGGAGAACUUCAUCCACAGUGAGAACAGACACCUGGUCAGUCCUGAAGUCCUUGACCUCCUGGACAAGCUGCUGCGAUAUGACCAUCAACAGAGGCUGACUGCCAAGGAGGCAAUGGAUCACCCCUAUUUCUAUCCAGUGGUGAAGGAGCAGUCCCAGCCCAGCUCAGAAAAUGCUGUGCUCUCCAGUGGCAUGACAACAGCACGAUGA